AUGCUGCAAGAGGAAACGCGAAGGCAUCAGAUCACAUCGGACCGAACUUGUGAGCGGAUCACCUGGCACUUCAGUCCACCGAAGGCACCGCAUUUCGGAGGAUUGUGGGAGGCAGCAGUGAAAGUGGCCAAGCGACAACUCGGCAAUUCCAAGCUAUCCUUCGAGGACCUCAGUACCGUGUUGACGCAAAUCGAAGCGAGCAUGAAUUUGCGUCCCAUCGUACCAUUAAGUGAGGAACCGAAUGACAUCGCUGCGCUCACUCCGGCGCAUUUCCUGAUCGGUGGCUCAAUGCACUCGCUCCCCGAACACGACCUGCAUCGAACGCCGCUGAAUCACCUCGGUCACUACCACCAGCUUUAG